AAACACAAACAUAACACAUAUAGUAAGAGCGCUGGGGAGAUACUACAGAAGCAUGCUUCCAUUUCAUUUGACAAGAACGUGCAGGUGUUUCUGAGAAGACCCAUAGCAACUAACGUGGCAUGAGCGUAUAAGUGUUAUUGCAACAGGCCAUAUCAACUAUGAAUCUCAACAGUGGACUUGAAGCAACCAAUAUGUUGGAUGAGAUGAUGGUACUGACUGCCCAAAAUCUGUCCAGGAUGGAGGUGUCGGAUCACUACACAGUCAUAAAAGAGCUAGGAAGGGGAAAAUAUGGACAGGUGAUACUGGUGAUCCAUCGUCAGAGAGGAACACCAAUGGCCCUGAAGCUUCUUUCAAAGAUGCAAACCAAAAAGCAAAAUUUCCUUUAUGAAUACUGUGUGGCACUCAGCCUCUCAGCCCAUGCAAACAUUAUUGGCAUGUUCGGAAUUGCAUUUGAAUCUGCAGAACAUUACGGAUUUCUGUAUGAAGCUGCUCUUCAGAGGGAUCUGAUCUCCAUUAUCAAACCCAGAGAAGGAGUACCUGAGCAAGCAGGCAAGCAAUGUGCUAAGCAACUGGUCAGUGCCCUUGAAUUCAUUCAUAGCAGAGGAUUGGUCUAUCGAGAUGUUAAACCAGAGAAUGUGCUACUCUUUGGCCGGGACUGCCAACAAAUCAAACUCACAGACUUUGGUUUAACUCGACCCAAAGGCACAAUGCUGAAACUGGUAUCAGGGAUAAUCCCUUAUACUGCACCAGAACUGAGUUACAGCAGGAAUGGGGAAGGGGUGCCCAUCGAUUUUACUCUUGAUGCUUGGGCAUUUGGAGUUCUUCUCUUCUGUCUAAUGACAGGAUAUUUUCCUUUCGAAAAAACACUUCUGUCUGACCCAUUCUUUGAUGACUAUGUGGUGUGGCAAGAAACAGGUAAUAGUGAAGACUUAUCCCGUCAUUGGAAGAAACUGACCACAGAGGCUAUGGACAUGCUCAGCAAGUUAAUGGCUCUGAAUCCAACUGAGAGAAGUCCUGUUGGCAAAGCCUUAAAAUAUUUGGACUGUUCAUGGAGAGUUGACAACUGGAGAGCAAUAGAAGGUCUGGAUUAAUAGCUUCUUUCAUCUGCAAUUGAAAUACAAUAAGACUUCCUUGAAACUUAUAUGCAUUAAUUGAGGGCUAUUGUAGUUUAUGUCCAAGUAAAACUGAGUUUUAGUUUUA